UUGCUAGGCUGGUGCCUUUCCGGAAGUGGUUGCUGGUCGCUGCAGGGCAACACCCCGGCGUCCCUGGAAGCGGGGAGCCGGACACCCCGGCGUCCCUGGAAGUAGGGGGGCCGGGGUGGUGCUGGGAGGCGGCGUAGAGCCAUCGUUUCGGAAACCUCCGGAUCGGGGACAGGUCUCUGGGAUCAAGAUAGUUACGCCAGGCUGAACCAUGGCUAGACGGCCGAUCCUCUUAGGUGACCAGCUGGUUCUGGAGGAAGAUUCUGAUGAGACCUACGUUCCCAGUGAGCAAGAAAUCCUUGACUUUGCCAGAGUGAUUGGUAUCGACCCUAUCAAGGAACCAGAACUGAUGUGGCUGGCGAGAGAGGGUAUUGAGGCUCCAUUGCCCAAGGGCUGGAAACCAUGCCAGAACAUCACAGGUGACCUUUACUAUUUCAACUUUGACACUGGGCAGUCCAUCUGGGACCAUCCGUGUGACGAGCACUAUCGGAAAUUGGUCAUUCAAGAGCGGGAGAGGUGGUCAGCUCCCGGGGCCGUUAAGAAGAAAGAGAAGAAAAAGAAAAAGGAAAAGAAAAACAAGAAGGACAAAGAGAUCUCCAAAAGUCCUCUGGAACCACAGCCUGAGCAGGGACUUCUGCCUUCUUCCUCUCUUCUUCGUGGCCUGUCCCCUCUCUCAGCACCUGGGCUUGCUGAUCUGGACCUAGACCAAGAGGUGCAGGCUAGAAAUGAGGCCUUUAAGAAAGGGAGGAGCCCAUACAUGUUGGGUGACACACCGUGGCCUCUCAUGGGUGCCCCUCCUGGUAAGCUGCAGCCACUCUCCAAAGGCCAAACUUCUCGAACCCAUCAGAUCUUUGCUGACGUGGAGAAAAUCUUAGGCAGGCCUUCGAUCCAAUGCAAGACAGAGUUAGGAGACCUACAGGGUCUGGAGUCAGCCCAGAAGGCCACAGAGAAAAUCUACCUGGGGUUUUCAGACCCCGAAAUCGAAAAGAUGGAAUUGAGGACCAGACAGCAGAGACUUGGCGCCGGGGGUGCUCAGAACCUGGAAGCACUCCACAGUGGGCAGGAUGUGUCAGAAUGCAGGAGCCAGACCUCUGCUCACUCCAAGCUUUCUGAGGCUCCCAAAGGCCUGCAGCUGAAAGGGGAGCAGCGUAACCACAGCAUAGCUACACUGAACUGUACUGGCCCUGGAGGGGACAAAGGUCAGAGCCCCAUUCCCUUGCCACCCUCUGAGGAGGAGCCCUCGCUGUCCCUUUGUUCAUCUGACCACACGCUGCCUGCCAGGAAGAACAAGCUGUUUUUACUAGAGGGCAGCCCAGUGGAAGACUUCAGCUGGCAGGGAGUUCCUGGGGAAGGUGGGGACCUGGGCAGGGAGAGGUGGAGGAGAGAGCCUCCAGGCCUAUGGAUGGGACAGGUCUCCAAGCUUAUCAACAAGGACACCCCAGAGAGAUGCAAGGAAACAGAGCCUGCUGUGCAUCCCACAGAUGCAGAGGACUCAGCUGAAGAUUCACCACAGGGACCCUCACUGAUGCCAGCUGAUACCCCGGCAUCAGAAGCAGUUCCAAAGCCCCCUUUAGGCGAUCCUGCCAGUGAAGACAGGCCACAUCCACCUGAGUCUCCAGAACCUCUCAAUGAAGAUAGGAAGCCUAGUGUGCCUGGGGCUGAUUCGGAUGAGAGUAGUGGAGGGGGCAGCAGCCUGGCCUCACCCCUUGGCUCGCAGGUCUUAGGUGAGGUAAACAACUUCCCCUGGGGCCUGCAGAACCCCCAGGGGUCUGUUCCUAUGAUGGGCCAGUCAGGCCCAGGGCCUAGAGAUGUGCGUUUCUGCCCUUUCCUGAUGCCCCAGCUGUCGCACAUGAGCUCUGUGGAGGAGCAGUCCGAGAGUGAAGACUACUCCGAGGACCAGAGAUUCUACCAGCACAUCCUGCAGAUGGUCAAGAUCUCCAGGCGGCUGGAGGGCCUGGGGCUGUCUGAGAACAUGCAGGACAUCCCGUGCAAAGAUGUCUGUAGUAUGGCCAACGAGUCUUCCAGGAUGUCUAGUGAGGGCGAACAGAAGGUCAUCAGAGCUCCAGAGAGGGAUUCGGGGUUACUGGGCUGGGGGCCAGAGCUUCUGGAACAUCCUCCAGGAGCAGUCUCCGCCCCUGCUGGGCAGGAGGCCUCUCAGCAAGCACAGUGCCAGCCAGGCAAUGGCCUCAGGCAGGGGCUAGUCGAGCCCAGUUCCGACAUUGGGCUUGCUGCAGAGCCAAGCAAGAUGCAGCUUCUCAACCAGGUCCUAGGUUCCCCCUUAGCCCCAGUCCAGGCCCCUCUUUGGGGCCUGGCUCCCUUACGAGGCCUUGGGGAUGCCCUGCCCUCUGCUCUUCGUGGAUCCCAGAGUGUGAGCUUGGGGAGCUCAGCAGAUUCUGGGCAUCUUGGGGAUCCUACGCUGCUUCCACAGGGUCUCAAGGCUGCUGCUUGUACAAAGGGUCUCUUGGCUUCGGUCCAUGAGGGCAAGAAUGCUCUCAGUCUCUUGACUUUAGGGGAAGAGACCAACGAGGAGGACGAAGAGGAGAGUGACAACCAGAGCGUGCGGAGCUCCAGCGAGCUUCUCAGGAACCUGCAUCUGGACCUUGGUGCCCUGGGAGGUAACUUUGAGUAUGAGUGCUGGAGCAGAGAGAAGGUGGAUCCCUGGAGCUGGCCAGAUAGUCUGACCAAAUUGGAGUCUCCAAGAACCAGCCAGCAAGAUAAGAAGGAUGGUUCUCUUGACUCAGAUGCCGAUCGUCCCCCAACUCCUGGCAAGCUGUUCAGCCAGGGUGCAGACAGUAGUGUGGGCAGUGCCAAUGGCAGCAAGUCCCAAGGAAAAGGGGAAAGUUCCUGGAACCCACAGAAAGAAAACGAGAAUAGCAAUCCCAAGGCUUCUUCAAGUCAGGUGGCUCCUGAGUUGGACCCUGGGGGUGAUCAGCGUUCCAGGGCCUCUAAAAAGGAGCAGGCAGAGGACCCAGUGGAGGCAGGGGAGGAGGCUUCCAGGAGGGAAAGUGCAGCCAAGGAGCCAAAGGAGGCUUCUGCCUUGGAGGAGAACACCUCAGACGUCAGUGAGGAGUCAGAGAUCCACAAACACUUGAAGGACGCCCAGCACUCAGAGUCUGACCUUUCUGGCCCUAAGUCUUUCCCCGGCCUGGACUUUGGCUUUCGUGGCCGGAUCUCGGAGCACCUGCUGGAUGGUGACACGCUUUCUCCGGUCCUGUGUGGAGACCACUGGGAGGCCCAGGGGUUAGGCCAAGAAGAACAAGAUGACAGCAAGUCCAGCAGAGCUGAGCCACAGAGCAAGCAUACCCCAGUCUCUGAGAGGGAACAGCUGCAGAGUACCCUUCACAGACAGGCCACUGAGGAAGGGCCUCUGCAGACCCUGGAGGGGCAGCCUGAGUGGAAGGAAGCACAAGGGCCUGGGAAGGACUCUGUAGCCAGCCCCACCCCAUCGUCUCUCCUCCAGAGGGAGCAGGUCCUGAGCCCACUUGCUUCCCCUGAGAGGGCUGAGGAGAAACACUCCCAGGCCGAGGAGCUGGGCCUUGUGCAUCAGGAGGCCGAGGAGAGCGAGGAGAAGGUGGCAGUCUGCCCCAGCUCACCUGUCUCUCCAGAGGUGCAAACUGCAGAGCCUGCAGCUCCUCAAAAGCAGUUCUCAGAGGCUACACUGAAGGGCAUGGAAGAGGCAGUGACCCAGGAACUGGAGGAAGACCAGAGGCUGCUGCUGGAGUUGCAGAAAGAGAAGCCGCAGCAGCUAGAAGAGAGGCUGUGGAGAGAGGAGGAGGAAAAGGAGGAGGGAGAGGAAGAGGAGGAGGAGGAAGAAGAGGAGGAGGAGGGGGAGGAAGAGGAGGAGGAGGAGCUCCAGCUUUACCAGCAGCAGGAGAAGUCCCUCAGCCUCCUGACAGCACAGCUACAGAAAGCCACUGAGGAGGAGGAGAAGGAAGAGGCUCGGAUAAGAGAGGAGGAAAGCCAGAGGCUGGCCCGCCUCCGGGCCCAGGUGCAGUCCAGUACAGAAGCAUUGGAGAACCAAAUUAGGGCUGAGCAACAGGCUGCCCUACAGAGGCUUCGAGAAGAGGCAGAGACCUUCCAGGAAGCUGAAAGAGCCAGCUUGGAACAGAAAAGCAGGAGGGCUCUGGAGCAGCUGAGGGAGCAGCUGGAGGCCGAGGAGAGGAGUGCACAGGCCACCUUGAGGGCAGAGAAGGAGGCGGAGAAGGAGGCCGCCCUGCUGCAGCUGAGGGAGCAGCUGGAAGGGGAGAGGAGAGAAGCAGUGGCAGGCCUAGAGAAGAAGCACGGCGCUGAACUGGAGCAGCUCUGUUCCUCUCUGGAAGCCAAACACCGGGAGGUGAUCUCCAGCCUCCAGAAGAAGAUAGAGGGAGCUCAUCAGAAAGAGGAGGCCCAGUUACAGGAGAGCCUUGGGUGGGCUGAACAGAGGGCACACCAGAAGGUUCAUCAGGUGAUUGAAUAUGAACAAGAGCUCAGUAGCCUCCUUCGAGACAAGCGCCAGGAGGUAGAGAGGGAACAUGAGAGGAAGAUGGACAAGAUGAAGGAGGAGCACCGGCAAGAGAUAGCUGAAGCCAGAGAGCGCUAUGAAGCCGAGGAGAGAAAGCAGCGGGCUGACCUCCUGGGGCACCUGACUGGAGAGCUGGAGCGCCUGCGAAGGGCCCAUGAGCGGGAGUUAGAGAGCACGAGGCAGGAGCAGGACCAGCAGCUUGAAGACCUAAGGCGUCGACACCGGGACCAAGAAAGGAAAUUACAAGAUUUAGAGCUGGAACUCUCGUCCAGAACUAAAGAUGUCAAGGCCAGACUGGCUCAGUUGAAUAUUCAGGAGGAGGACAUGCGGAAAGAGAAGCAGCUGCUCCUGGAUACGCAGAGGCAGGCUGCUUUGGAGAAGGAGGAAGCCACGACCACCCACCAGCACCUGGAAGAAGCGAAGAAAGAGUACACGCACCUGCUGGAGACAAAGCAGCAGCUUCGAAGGACCAUCGAUGACCUGCGGGUCCGGCGGGUGGAGCUAGAGUCCCAAGUGAACCUGUUGCAGGCGCAGAGUCAGAGAUUGCAGAAGCAUGUGAGCAGCCUAGAGGCCGAAGUCCAAAGAAAGCAGGAUGCCUUGAAAGAGCUGGCAGCUGACACUAAUGCUUCCCUACACCUGGAGCCAGGUCUCCACAUUGAGGACCUGAGGAAAUCCCUUGGCACAAAAGAGAACCAAGAGGUGUCCUCUUCUCUCUCCCUGAGUAAGGAGGAGAUGGACCUGUCUAUGGAGGGUGUCCAGCACUUCCUCUCUGCUGAGGGUGUAGCUGUCCGCAGUGCUAAGGAGUUCCUGGUGCGCCAGACACGAUCCAUGCGGAGGCGACAAACAGCUCUGAAAGCCGCCCAGCAGCACUGGCGCCAUGAGCUGGCCAGUGCCCAGGAGGUAGACGAAGACCUGCCAGGCACUAAGGUCCUGGAAAAUGUGCGCAAGAACUUGGAUGAGGAGACCAGGCACCUGGAUGAGAUGAAGUCAGCCAUGCGCAAAGGCCAUGACUUGUUGAAGAAGAAAGAGGAAAGGCUGAACCAACUGGAAUCUUCCCUACAGGAGGAGGUCUCUGACGAGGACACUCUGAAAGAAUCCUCUAUCAAGAAGGUGACCUUUGAUCUCAGUGACAUGGACGAUUUGAGCAGUGAGAGUUUUGAGUCCAGCCCCCUGCUGCACAUCACCCCAACCCCAAAUUCUGCUGAUCCCAACAAGAUCCAUUACCUGAGCAGCUCCCUUCAGCGAAUCAGCAGUGAGCUAAAUGGUGUGCUCACCGUGCUAGGAAGCCUCAAUUCCCAGCCGCCACCACAGGGCCUCAGCAGCCAGCCUCCACCUCCGCUCCUCAACUCCACACUUCGGUCCUCCAAGAAUGUCCUUGCCCCUGCCUACUCCUCCCAGACCAAGCUCUCAUCCUUAUCAUCUGUCACACCCACGUCCACCCAGUGGGCCUGGGACCCGGGGCAGGGCACCAAGCUGCCUUCCUCCUCCUCCUCCUCACAAACUGUGGAUGAUUUCCUGCUGGAGAAGUGUCGCAAGUAUUUUCCCUCUGGCAUCCCAUUGCUCAGCGGCUCCCCUCCCCCACUGGAGAACAAGCUGGGUUAUGUGUCUAUAAGCGAGCAGCUCCACCUCCUGCAGCGCUCCCACUCUCGAGUCCCCAAGACGGACAGUGUCAACAUUCAGAGCAUGAUCGAGUCUAACCGGAAGUGGCUGGAACAUUUCCGGAACGACCCCAAGGUACAGCUUUUCCCCUCAGUGCCCAAGCCAACAACCACAUCCAACUUACUGCAGCUGGGCCUGGAUGAGAACAAUAGACUGAAUGUGUUUCACUACUGAGCCCCGUGUGGGGCCGGGGCAGUGCGGCCUCCUCCUCCAUAACAAGUGCCUGAGGAGCCGCCAGCACUUUAUUUCUCUCUCAUCAAGCAUGUGCUCCAUUGUGAACGCCACCUAGGACUUAGAGGAGCCACCGGGUAGAUAGGUGGAAAGUACGACUGCAGAUGGACGCGCACGCUUCAACCUGAGCAGAAGCAUGUGGACAUCUUCGAGCUCCUGCAUCAAGGUGGCACUGAGAUGUGGCUGCUGAAGACUUCAGGGGUGCGGCCACUUGAGUUAAAGCAACUGCUUUGGGAGGCCUGGGGAACCUCCUUGAGGUUGUCCCCUGCUGAGGGUGUGGUUCUUUACACAGACUCCUAGCAUGGCGUGCCCUAGGAUUCCGCUGUGCUGGGCCUGUGCCUCUUUGAUACCUCAGCUCCGACAGGAUCACACCCAACCCUUUCUUUUUGCCUUUUUUUCUUUUUAAAUGUCUUCUGACCGUCUCAGGUUUGCGCUCAGCUGCCUGAGCUUGUCUGGACUUUGCUAGAGGGUCCCAGAGGGCUGUUCUGCCUCUUUCCCCUCAGCUGGCACCUUGCUUUCCUCACGGUUCUCAGGAGCACCCCACCCUCCUUCCUUCCCUCCCUCCCUUAGUAUGCUCUCUGGAGCUCUCUUUUGCCCUCAGGUCUCAAACACCUAUCUCUCCAGGAAGCCAAAAAGCCAUAUCUUGAUAUUUCUCUUCUCUAACAUCCUGAGUGUGUCUGUGAGCCCUAUUUCCACCUGUCCUUCUACCUGAAC